GAAAAAAUGAACACUAAAUUGUUAAUAUCCUUAAUAUUAUCUCUUUUUGUUUUUGUUAAAAAUGAUAGUAGUUGGCGUGAUAGUUGGGAAGAUUCUUCUUUUGAAGAUGAAGAUUAUGAUCCAGAGUCUAAAACUCAGGCUAUAUUCUAGCAAAGAAAAACAAGCACCGGCUCGAAUUUAUGUGUGCGAUAAUUCCAAAAAGGAAAGUGUUUGUGAAUGUAUUCGUGGCGGGAAUCAAACAUUAAAGUGUGGAGCUCAAGGCUUAAACAAUGCAAAUUUAAUUGUACCAAAAGAAAUAGGGCCUAUAGCUAUUGCACAUUUGGAACGUAAUUAUAUUAGUUACCUUUUUAAGAACAAAAUACUUCCUGGCCAAGAAAAAUCUUUACUUUCAUUGGACCUUUCUCAAAAUAGAAUUGCUGAUAUAGAGCCUGGUUCUCUUGACAAUUUUGUUAAUUUAUUGGAAUUAAAAUUAACUCAAAAUAAUUUGGACGAAUUAAGCGAUGAUAUUUUCACAAAAUUCCUCGGAUCUUUACAUCAAUUAUAUUUGGAUUAUAAUUUUUUAAGUAAAUUGGAUGAUGGUGUAUUUAACAACCUUAAAAGUCUUCGAAAAUUAAUACUUGAUGGAAAUAAAGAACUGGAAAUUUCAAAAAAAGUUUUAUCUCCAUCACUUAAAAAUUUGGAAAUUCUCUCCCUCGAUCGCUGCUCAUUAGACAAAUUAGAUGAUGAUUUGUUUGAAAAUUUGCCCAAUCUUCGAGCUCUUUCAUUAUCUGGCAACCCGCUCCGUUCUAUCCCCAAAGCUAUAUCUCCAGAAAAGUUACCAAAACUUGAAAUACUUGUAAUGUCAGAUACUUACUUGGAGGCACUCAAUAAUGGGGAAUUGGCUGCAGCGGCGCCUAAACUUAAAAAAUUUUAUAUGCAAAAGAGUCGUUAUCUAAAACGAAUUGACAACUGCGCAUUUUGUGGAUUAAAACAACUUGAGAGCCUAGACUUCUCAGAAUCAAAAUCUCUAAACGAAUUAGAUGCCAAUGCCUUUGGAAAAUCAGCACCAAAGGAAUUAAAACAAAUAAACCUCAAAAACUGUAAUUUUACUAAUUUACAUGAAGGGACACUUAAAAAUGUUUAUUGGAGUACAAUGCAAAGAUUGAGACUUGAAGGAAAUCCUUGGGUAAUAAAAAUAAGAGAAUAAAAAAUAAAAUUUUAAUAGAAUUGUGAUUGUGAACUUAAAUGGCUAAUGAAAAAUGAAAAUGCAAUGAGAACGGCUGCUGAAUUUGAAAUACCAAAGUUUGUAUUGUUUGGGAGUAUUAUGUUAAAUAUUUUCUGCCUUUUU